UGCAGAAGGUGCCGCCACACCGCCGCCGCCCGCCACGCGAGCCACCUGGGGCGCGCCGACACCUGCCGCGGAAGGCGCCGCCACACCGCCGCCGCCCGCCACGCGAGCCACCUGGGGCGCGCCGACACCUGCCGCGGAAGGUGCCGCCACACCGCCGCCGCCGCCCUCCUCGGCCGCCCCCAUGGCAGCAGAGCAGCCUUGUUCUGGAGGAACCUCUACCUGGACUACAAGGAAGUCGCAGUGGAAACACUCACCAAGUCCAGGGAAAAGCCUAAGAAUGCAGUCUUAACACUGGCAGGCGUGGCUGGUGCGCUGUACUGCUGCAGUGCGAACCCAGACGAGCGCAGCUACCGGGAUGCUGUGCAGGCCAGCAGCCAGGAGCUGGCUCUGGUGGGAGCACCCAUACGCAACCCCGCCACGUGCCGGCACCUGCACCGCGCCAACACGUGCUUGGACAAGGGCGAGGUGCGUCGCCUGGGGCUGGGCCUGCUGUGCCUGGUGUGGGCCGACACCCGCGACGCUGGCCUGGGGGUGUACGCGGCGCAGUGCCCCCACCUAAGGCCCCACCCCCGAGACUGGCCCCGUCUCCUGCUGGACGUGGGCUUCCUGGACCGCUGGUGGCUGCUGCGGCGGGCCAUGCACGACUGCGACGUCAACCCGGCCGGCUAGAGACCUGCGAGCGGCCGUUCCUCCACUUUCCUCACUCAAACACAUUUAUUAUUUUGGCUUUUUCGUGUGCAAUGUUGUUUCAGAUUUCUUUUUGUCUACUGAAUAUUCUUUUUGAAGGCAGCACCAAUGCAAUGUAUUUUCAUAAGUGGCUAUUAAAAUGUUUGUUGUGGAAA